AGGCACAACAACAACAACAGAUUCAACAGAUAGAACAACAGCUGAAACAAUAUGGGGCGCUGCAUCAGUUACAAAAACAACAACAGGAGUUGCAGGAACAACAACAGAUUAAGCAGCUAAAACAAGAGCUGCAACAACAGGAGCUGCAGCAGUUACAACAGUCGCAGCAACAACAGAUUCGAAAGAUGGAAUACUCGCUGAAAAGGGGUUUUCUGACUCAACUGUUUGACCUAGAGAGUAGACAAGAGAAUAGACACGAGUCCAAGCUGCUGAACUUGAAAGAACAACUGGAGCAGCAGCAACAACAACA